AUGCCAUCCGCAACACCCGCCAAACCGGCCCCGGCCGCGCCGACCCUCCCGCCAAACGUCACAAUCUUCACCCCCAAAGACCCGACGGCGGCGCAAGCCCUGCUACACGGCAAGCUCUUCACGCGCCUCACGAUCACCGACAAGACGACCCCGGCGCAGAUCGCCGCGGCGCUGAAGAAGGCCGAGGGCAUCAGCGAGACCUUCUGUCUCACGCACCACAACGUCAUCCUGAUCUUCGACGAGGACCAGGACACGCACCACGAGCACUUCCGGGUGGUGUGUCUCGCGCUGCGGGACGCGGAUAUCGGGCUGAGCGUGGCGGGGUGCGUUCACGAUGCGGAGGGGGCUUUGGGGGCGGGGUUCCAGCUGGAUGUGUUGAGCUCGGGGUCGGUUUUGGUGAUUGAUCUCAUGGGAGGGGAUGAAGAGGAUGAAAGUGAGGAUGAGGAGGAGGCUUUGAAGGCCUUGAUGGGUGGGGAGACGGGGACGGCUGUCUGA